AUGUUCGCUUAUUUAAAUACAGCCGUAACACUUAAUAAACCUCAGGAUGUUCAAAUAGGUUCAACUACUAAGAUAAAUUGGACUUUUAGCGGUACUCAAGCUAAGUCCACAUCACUUAUGCUAGGAAUUAAAAACGUACAAACGUCGGUUAAUGAAACAAUAGAUACGAUCUUGGAUCUUUCCAAAAGAUCUGAGGAUUGGACCGUUUCUGUUGCAACAGGAACUUAUAAAUUCUACAUUAUGGAUGAACAAUUUAACAAUUACACGUAUUCGAAUACAUUUACUGUUACCACUCCUACCACUCCUACUGAUUCAAGUAAUUCAACUCCACCUCAAG